AUGUAGAUAUAUAUUAUAAAUGAAUUCUACAUCAGAAGUGAGCAAAAGUUUAGGAUUAGAUGAGAAUUGCUCGCGAUGAUACUCCGAUGAAGGUGAUGAACCCUGAUCUAUGGGGUGAGGGGAGUGAAUCUCCGACUGCCAGCUGGGCCGAGGAGAGAACCAUUCUUAUGAAAAGACAUUUUGAGUUGGAGCAGGAAAUAAACCGGCAACGGGUUGCCCGGAAAUGGUAUCUUAUAGUAAUUGUUCUUCUGUAUGUUGGGCUCCUGGCAUCUUUCUCAUUAAAUGUAUCCUUACUCCUUCGGAAACCUCAAACUAAAUUAUAUCAUCAAGACACAUUACCAGCAGAGACUGGUGUAAAUCCUACUGAGAAAUCCAGUAGAGAUGAUACUGUUCUUCAUAAUGGAGGAGAGGAACAGAAAACAUCUGGUUCAAACUUAGGCUUUGCAUACACUACUCCUUGUUUAGUGGCAGUUCCAUGUGAGGCUGGACAGUAUUAUGAUUGUGUAUAUGGAGAAUGUAGAGGUUGUCCUCAGGGAACAUAUCAACCACAGUGGGGACAAACCAGUUGCUGGCCUUGCCCUACAAACUCUACAACAGAUUCAACAGGAACAACAACAUUAAUAUUUUCGUUAAAACUAUCUCGGAGNNNGUUUCUACAGUACAUACGAAUCUCGGUAGAUGUAACUUGUACAUGGAGAAUACGGCCUGGACAUACUAAACGUGUUCUCCUAAUCCUACCUCAGCUCUCUCUUCCUGCAGAUUGUUCCUCAAAGCUGAUAGUUCGUCAUCUGUCUGAUACAAUUUAUACUUCCUGUUCUUCAAGACCCAACCCUCUUAUUCUUACAGGACACUCUAACAAUCUAUGGAUCGAGUUUACUAGUGGAGGGUCAACUAAUACAGGAUUCCAGCUUACAGCACUCUCAGUAGAGGAGGAGCUAGGUUACCUAGUAGAUGCUGUAGUUAACUCUGGAGAGAUUUCAAGCUUUGAUAAAAAUGAGGAUAGUUCCCUGAGUCAGGAUGACAAGAUCCUACUAUCCCGUCUCCUACUCCUACUGAACCCAACCUACCCAGCUACUUACGAGGGUAAACCUUCUCCAAGUAAUGACAGAAAGAGGAAACCGAUAAUUGAAGUGUUAGAAGAGAACACUAAUAUUUCUAAUUAAACAAGAAUCUAGAAUCAAGAUUGAUUAUAAAUAUGUUUUUUUAUAAAAAAAUUUAUUUAGUUUUAAAAAUGAUACUUGGUUACCCACAAAGGAUGAAACUUCAGAGACGACUAAGCGGAAUCCUUGUCGAUUUUCCUACAUCCUUGGUUGAUGGCAAUUGUAAACUUGUUUCUUUCUUUGCCAUAUCUAUAGAAUGAAUUAUCUAGAUUCAGCCUUCAGAAAAAUAUACUUUUAGGUCGUCAUUAAAUUCUCAUUCUUUGUGGGUAUCCCUGUAUUGAAAAAUAAUUGUGUUAAAUAUGUUUAUAAGAUUAUAAAUAACCUUGUUUUUGUUGGCAAAAUAAUGAUUAAAUCUAAGAAAUUAA